AUGUAUGUGAAAUGGUUUGAUACAGUAAUGUUUUACUAUGUGAUUUUAGUGUAUUUAGUGAAUGUCACUUUUUGUCAUUUUCGAAUUUCCCACCGUUCCGUCCCCUGUACGUCCCGACGUCGCAGGGGACGGAACCCAGAAAACAGAUGCCGGCAUCCGCCGGAGGACAUUACAGGAGACACUGCAGGAGGGACAUCGCGGGAGCGCAGGACAAGGUAAGAGAAGAACAGAUCCCGGAGCAGCGCCGCAUAAUAAGCCCAAGUGUAGCUCGGGGUUACCGCUUGUGCUACACUCUCGGGAAUACCGCCAGGGAGGCUAC